AUGACCUCGUCAGCGGAAGACAUCUUUCGAAAUGCUGGUUCUGCUGCAUCCAGCCCAGCUAGGUUGGAACCUUCUUCCACGGCCACGACUCUUGCGGGCGCAAAGCAAACGCUGGAAAGUCGCCGGACGUCGGAGUCUUUUGCCGACAUCUUGGGGAGAGUUGAGGCCCCUUCAUCGCUAACAGACAAAAGCCCUGUCUCGCAAAACUGCUCAAGCCAUAGGGCGCCAAAUAAGGAGCCAUUCACAGCAGCACAGGAGCGGGGAAGGAUUCAACAGUCAUCAUUUCCAUGUCAAAUACCUCAAGAGGGCGGGGGCCCAGAUGGCGACGUUGCUGCCGCCAUCUCAAAAUUGAAAAGGAGAACGCUUGAAGAGAAACGGGACAUAUCAACAGACACUUCUGCCUCUCCAUUUGAAUUCGUGGCUGGACAUGGCAGUUCUUCUCUGGUGCCUGAGGGCGUUUGCGCUGUAGGAGAGGGCACACUGAUACAGCAGGACAGCUCCCUCUUGGCUGAAAAUGACAUGUAUGAAAUUGUUGCAGCUUGCCAAAAAACAAGUGAUAUGGCUACUGCCGAACUACUGCGUCACGGGGGUUCAGGGAGCAGUACAUCAACAACAAGACCCUUCACGACGCUGGCGUCUGGCAUCAGUGAAGAUCCCUGGACAGUCCCACCCGUUGCAAACGCCGAAUCGGCAGAAGCAGGUGCGACUGCAACAGCUGCUUGCCAAGUGGCUGAUGGCUGCGAUGUAGGUGAAAUCUGGGCUGAGGCGAAUGACGGCGAUGACUCACAAUGGCCGUUUGAGAGCGGGUUGAGGCCUUGGGAAGACAUCGACAAGGAGACGCGCAAAGCUGCCGAAGGGGUCAGCAGCAGCCAGCUGGAGGACCACAAGAAGAUACGCAUUUGGGUUCUGCACAAGGGUGUAUGCACACCCGUGUCCUGGUACGUGGACACAAGUGCGGAGGACGUCAAAGCUUCAGUGCUUUGUGCCUGCGACGUCUUGGCCGAUGAGGGAGUGGACCCUGACCACCCGAGCGCCGAGGCGAGUUUCUGUCUUAGGCCAAUUCGACCUCUUCCGGACUCGGCUGAGGUGGACGGGGAGGAUCUCUUCAUGGAGGUGAAGACCCUUCAAAUGCGCUGCCAGCUGCCUUCCCCAGAUUGCGAGCCCGAGGUGCUAGCGCCCCAGCCAACGGAAAAUGCGGAGCGCCUUCUAGAGGAGACCUCCGUAGCUAUAGACGGGGCAGAGAAGAGCGGGUCGGAGGAAGUGUCUGUACGUGUCAUGCUGGGGCCUCGUGUUUACUCGAAAGACUUCCCAAGCCUUAAAGACGGUGCCACCUAUCUCCUGGAACCUCGUCCCCUAGGUGCGGACGAUCCUCAGCAAAAAGAAGAGCUCGCUAAAUUAAGAAAACUCACAGGUGACAAGUGGCGCAGGAUCUACGUCUCAGUUGACCCCCUUAGGCACAUUGAGGCCCAGAAGGCGAUCCUGCGAAUGCGGAGAGGGACGAAUCUUCUGAAGCACACACGAUUUGGGCAUCCACAUCUGCGUCAAUUUCAGUUGUCUGCGGAUCGGCAGAGGCUGCUUUGGUACUCUGCGAGCAAGGGGAAGGAGGCGUCUGUGGUGCAAAUGGGGGAACUGGAGGGCUUGGUCUUGGGCCAAAAAUCGGCGACAUUUCAAUCCUACCGGAUUCCCGCCGUCCAGCACUUAAGCUUCUCGCUAGUCUUUAGAGGUGAAACUUCUCGGCCGGAUUUUGCCUCUUCAGUUCUGCUCCCUGACGCAUCUAUAGAGGAUGCUCGCACCCUCGACUUGACCUGCAAGGACGAGGCCGAAUUCGAAGCCUGGGUCACAGGUUGCAAGGCUAUCAUUGCUGCCAGCAAGCAUCUGAAGCUCUCCAAGCUGCAGCUACUCUCCCAUUCAAAGAGAUUUCUGCGGGCAUUACAGCGCAGCGAGGCAACAGUACAGUUGACGAAGCUUCCGGAGGAGAAAGGCCAGUCGGCCUUACAGGAUUGUAUGGACCUGCCGUGGCAUCCAUUGGAAGAACUCGAGCGGAAAUACGAAGAGCAGAAGAGGAGGAUUGACACUGCUGCCGAAGAGAUAAGGGCGUUGGACAGAACGGCGGUGGUUCGUUCGAACGUCGACUUGUCAGUCCUUGUAGGAGCAGGCCCGGCUUACGCUAGCGUCUUUGGGGACUCUGAGCAAGUGGACGACGAAGAGAUGGAGUUUGAACGCAUGCGGGAGCUGCUUUUUGAAGUGACUCAGGUGCUAGCCAAGGCCAAGGCUGAGCUGACAGAGUACAAGAAGGCAGAGGAGGAGCGGCAGCAACAUUCUCGAGAGGGUGCAGCUGCGUCCAUGGAUAGCGCUGUCUCAGGCCCUUUCUAUCCAGAGGCAGCAAAGGAAGAUCCCUCAUCGAAGGGUUCGCUGGACCACAAGCCUGCUGGUGGCUCCUGCGACUCAUCUGAUAGCCUCGUGAAGUCCUCUGUUCUCGCUAUCUCCUCCGGGGGAGAAGUGCUCAUGCGGUCGGGGGCAGCUGGGCUGACGUUCGAGGAACGUUUUAAGAUGGCCGCCACUGUCAACUCUGUAGGCCUCGAGGUCGUACAGGAGCAGGUGAAGGAGGGCAUUGUCACGCUGCUCCAACGUGCCGCUAAUCAGACCGCAGAAGCCCAGCAGAUCUUCACUUCGGCGCUCGCAGCGGCUGCUGCCGUCGUAGGUGUUGAUUCUCCGCAUCAAAGCGGACCACCGGACACGCUGCCUGUUGAGGACGUUGAGAAGCUGAAGUCCAUUAAUCAACUCCUCUGGAGGGCAGAAGUGGACGUGGAAAAUGUGGAAGACAUGCUUGCUAGACUGAAAGCUCCGAGUACGCUUGGGGGAAUGGCCUUAGCCGGAACUGUCGCUAGUCUUAACCACAUGGUGACGACGCAGCUCAGCACUUGGGGCGGUCAGCUAGCCUCCAUGGUGACAGACUUUUUAAUGAAGGCUGAGGUUCCUCAACUGGGACUGCCCGCCCCUGCAGGGACCCAACGGCCACCUAUCGCCUACUCCGAUUCUGACUAUGAGGAUGAAUUCAGUUGA